UUCUGACCCUGUCGAUUGUACUUCGUCUUCGUUUAUGGCCAAACAGAACAGUAUCGACGAAAUCAAUCACACUUGCUUCUUGCUCAGUGACAUAAGUAAUCUGUAUCUAAACGACAGUUUUUCAGAUAUUGUUUUGGUGGUCGGUGAAGAACGAUUGCACGCCCACCGUGUUAUUUUAGCCUCACGCAGUAGUUAUUUUAGAGUCUUAUUGUAUGGAGAUUUUUAUGAAUCUGAUAAGGCUGAGGUGGACGUUAGUGAUGUAUCAAUGGCCUCAUUUAAAAUACUUCUUAAAUACAUUUAUACCGGUCGGAUGAAUUUAAGUGUUCUAAAGAAUAACACUAUUUUGGAAUUAUUUAGUAUUUCGGAUUUUUAUGGUUUUCCAAACUUACAACAAAUACUGUCCGAAUAUUUACACAGGAACAUUAAUGUACACAAUGCAUGUUCGUUGUUUGUUGGUGCAUGUCUUUAUCAAUACAAUAAGCUCAAAGACGAAUCACUUGACUUUAUCGAAAACCACGCUUUGGAAGUAUUGCAAUCUGAAGACUUUCUAUCUUUGACAUCAGAAGCUCUUCAAGAUAUUCUCAUUCGUGACUCAUUUUAUGCUAAUGAGUUAGACAUAUUUCGUGCGGUUUGUCGCUGGAUCAAAAAACACCAAAACGACCUGGAUCAUGAUACUGAAAUGAAAGCUUUAUCUGCCAUCAGAUAUCCGUUAAUGAGUACUAAAGAACUGGCUGAGAUUAGGCAAUCACCGCUGGUUAAAUCGAAUAAAAGUUUAGAUGACAUAAUAUUUAGAAAAGCCUGGUCACCAGAUAAGCUUCAAUAUCGAGGACAGCUAAAGCGCAAUGUGAAUCUUUUUUAUCAUUAUCGAACUGUUCUGAUUCCCAACGACAUUGACGGCAGUUCCACGAUAAUAUUGGGUCAUCCAUCAAUCAUAAGCUAUAUUAGCAUGAUGCUAUAUGAUAAGGAUUUAGGGGAUUACGGUUAUUCCAUUGAAGUUUCAAUGGAUGGUCACGAAUGGGUGCGUGUUUUAGAUUAUUCAGAUUAUAUUUGUCGUUCAAUUCAACGUUUGUGGAUUCAUCCACGCCCAGUGAUGUAUAUUCGAAUUGUCGGCAUCAAAACUAAUUGGAGAAUUCUUGAAAUCUCUUACAAAGCAGCAGAAAUGUACGGGGUGGUAAUAGAAAAUGGAUUAGUGGCGCCAAAGUCCAAUGUCGCUUUAUGGUCUAUGAAUGCUACUGUAAUCAAAGGUCAAAAUUUUUUUAAUUCACUAUUAGUUGGCUGCUAUGAAGACUACGCUAGGUAUGACAGAUACGUAUGGCAUUGGCUGGGAUCGGGCUGCAUACUGGUUCAACUCGCACAACCUUAUAUGCUUAGUUCAAUGAGGUUGCUGCUUUGGGGCGGCGAUGACCAAUUCUACAAGUACACUAUCGAAGGUUCUGUCAAUAAUCGAGAUUGGAAAAAGAUUGUAGACAAAACUAAAGAGCUCACUCAUUCUUGGCAGGUGUUGAAAUUUAAACCCAGGCCGAUAGUGUUCAUUCGUAUCACCGGCGCUUACAAUUCAGCAGGCGAUGAUUUUCGUUGUGUAUUUUUGGAGGCUCCUGCUCAAGUACCAUUGCAUUCCAACGUCGUUGAAGACGAUCGCGUGGUGACAAAUUACAGGGGGAACGAAACACAUUCAGCGGCUCAAACUCCAGUUGUUUAACCAUAUUCGAAACAUAAGCAUAGUUUUGGUUCCUUUUGCGAUUACCAAAAUUAGCAGAUAUAAAUUUUAUUGUAUAUUUUACUGUUAUACUACUUGUAUUCACUUCAACUGUAGAGUUUUUGAAAUCUGUUAAUUGUGUUUAUUGUUGUUUUGUCUUUGUCAAGCUUACUUAU